ACACGUGAAAGAUAGCGGAAGUGAGGGAGAAACGCACAGUUCAGCUGGAGAGGAGCUUCUGCUCACUGCACAAAGUGGUAACAAUGUGGCUGUUAAAUGUUGUAUGUCUUGCUGCUGUGUGGAAAUUGGGCGAGUCGGUGGAUGGCGGGAUGCUCUUCCCUCAGGAGUCUCUUUCGCGGGAGGUGAAGGAGAUCAACGGACUGUGGAGCUUCAGAGCUGAUUUCUCUCCCAACAGGAACCAGGGCUUCGACCAGUUCUGGUUUAAACGCCCGCUAGCUGAGUCUGGUCUGGUCAUCGACAUGCCAGUACCCUCCAGCUUCAACGACAUAACACAGAACCCUAACCUGAGAGAUUUCAUCGGCUGGGUGUGGUACGAGAAGGAGGCAUGGAUCCCUCAGCACUGGCUUCAGAACAAGGACACAAGGAUUAUGCUGAGAGUUGGAAGCGCUCACUACUAUGCAGUGGUUUGGGUGAACGGAGUCCAGGUGAUGGAGCAUGAGGGCGGCCAUCUUCCCUUUGAAGCGAAUAUUACUGAUGUGAUCCGGAUGGACGCGACUAUGCCGUUUCGCAUCACCAUCGCUGUUAAUAACACCCUGGACCUGCACACUCUUCCACCGGGAACCAUCCAGUACAUGAACGAUCCUACCAAAUAUCCUAAAAAUUACUUCAUUCAAAACACCAACUUCGAUUUCUUUAACUACGCGGGAAUACAUCGAUCCGUGGUAUUGUACACAACUCCAAAGGCGUACAUCGAUGACAUCACUGUGACUACUUCCUUCUCAGAUAGCACUGGCAUAGUGAAUUAUAACGUGACCCCCAGGGGCAGUGCCAAGCCAUUUGUAAAGGUCACGAUCAUGGAUAAAGAUGGACGAUGUGUGGCCACUUCUAAUGGAACCCUUGGAGUUCUCAAAGUGCCUGAAGUCAAUCUGUGGUGGCCUUAUCUGAUGCACCAGAACCCAGGAUAUCUUUACUCUAUGGAGGUUCAGCUCACAGCGGAAAGUGGCGUUGUGGAUUACUAUAGGCUGCCUGUGGGUAUUCGUACCGUCAGUGUCACCAGCACACAGUUUCUCAUCAACAACAAACCCUUCUACUUCCACGGAGUCAACAAACACGAGGAUGCAGAUAUACGAGGGAAGGGCUUCGACUGGCCGCUCAUCGUGAAAGAUUUUAACCUGAUGAAGUGGAUGGGUGCAAACUCGUUCCGUACUAGUCACUACCCGUAUGCUGAGGAGAUCCUGCAGAUGGCCGACCGCCACGGUAUCGUGAUUAUAGACGAGUGCCCCGGAGUGGGUAUCAAAGACAUACGCAGCUUUGAUAACAAUUCGCUGGCCCAUCACCUUGUCGUCAUGAAGGAGCUGGUGAGGCGGGAUAAGAACCACCCCUCUGUGGUCAUGUGGUCUGUAGCCAAUGAGCCGGCAUCCGAGAUGCCACCAGCAGGCUUCUAUUUCAAGCAGCUAAUAACGUACACAAAAUCUUUGGAUCCGACACGUCUGGUGACCUUCAUCACAGACAGUAACUAUGCCAGAGACUUAGGAGCUCCCUACGUGGAUGUGAUCUGCGUGAACAGUUACUUCUCUUGGUACCAUGACCCUGGGCAUCUGGAGGUCAUCUCCAUCCAGCUGCACACUCAGUUUGACGACUGGUACGGCAAAUACAAGAAGCCGAUCAUACAGAGCGAGUACGGGGCAGAUGCUGUAGCCGGACUACAUAAUGAUCCCCCUUUUAUGUUUACCGAGGAGUACCAGAAAACCGUCCUGCAGAACUACCACACAGUGUUCGAUCAGAAGAGGAAGGAGUUUGUCGUAGGAGAGCUUAUCUGGAACUUUGCUGACUUCUUGACCGCUCAGGGUGUCACUCGUGUGGUGGGCAACAAGAAGGGCAUGUUCACCCGGCAGCGGCAACCCAAAUCAGGAGCUUUCCUUCUGAAAGAGCGGUACUGGAGGAUCGCCAAUGAGACAGGUGUCCUGUCCACAUGGGCCAAAUACCCCUGCCUGUGAAACCUUCAGCCUGGCUGCCAUGUUUCAUGAGAGAGAGUGAGAGAGUGUGAGAGAGUGUGAGAGAGAGUGAGUAAGAGAGAGAGAGAGACUACAAUUUUUUACUGUAAAAAUGAGUUCAAAUAUGUUUGAUUCAAAACAGUGCCUUAUCCAAACCAGUUUUUGAUCAGAUUUCUGUCUUAAUAAUUCAGGGAAGAUUUACAUUUUUUCUUACCCACAAAUGAGCAAUUAUCCCGCUCAUUUUAUCGAGCUUAUAUUGCCAUGAAUACCAGGAUUUCGCAGGUGUAUGAGGUGAACAGCUCUAUUACAAUACUACUACAGUGGCACUAUUCUCAAGCUGCUUUGUACAAAAGUAGAUACACUGCAUUUUCUCCUCACUGCCUCUACAGCAACCAAAACCCCAGUUCAGUUUCCUCACCAAACAUCGUUUUUUUUUUUUUACAUUGAUCAGACACCCAGCAUUUCAGCUUCUCCCUUAAUGUUUACGAUUCACAUUCGACUCGGUGGCCGUGUAUCUUUUUAUGGAUAGAAACAGUGUUAUUUCGUUUUGGGUUCCGAAGCAUGAUAGAAAUCUGUUAUGUCUUCAGGUUGUAAUAAGCAUUUCGAGCGUCUCUUUGUUUUCCCGACGUUCCAGGCAUGACCUGCAUUCCGGUCUUGUUUACGAACCCUCAAAACAGCUACUUCGGUUUAAAAAAAAAAACGAACAAAUACAAACCUAUAAACGUUUUUUUUUUUUUUUUAUCGUUAGAUUAGAUUUCAAUGUUGUGUGUAAGGAUCAUGUGCAGGAAAACUGGGGUUAUUAUCGAUCAUUAAUUUCAAUGGAACCUAUAAAUUACUGUACAGUAAAUAACAUCUGGGAAAAACUACUUAAAUAGUAACCACAUACUGUAUACAUUUGUUUAGACUAUAAAGUCACACACAUUUCGGACUAACAAGUGAAAAACCACUCUAUACUGUAUAUCAUUAUGCUGGUUUACUAAUGAGAUACUUGAUAAGCUCUUUGGCAGUGGGUUAUAGAUCAUGAUGAAGUGCUGAGUUGUUUUCAGUCUUUUAAAUGGACCAGGAUUAAUGAGUAGACGAUUGUGAUUUUUAUUUUUUUUUUAUAAAAUGACUGCAUUUGUAUCUCAUUAUUAAUAGAAAUCCUAAACUUGGACAUGAAGUUGGCUUAUCAAGGAAAGGGGGCAACCCAUUUGUUAAGAUGUUGGACUUUCAAAUCCCAGCCCCAUUAAGCUGCCACUGCUGGACUUUUGAACUAGGAACUUCCUUCAACUGCUCCAUUGUAUGCAUGAGAUAACUGUAAGAAGCUCUGGAUAAGGGAGUCUGCCAAAUGCCUGAAUUGUAAAUAUGCUCAGCAGGAAUGUUUGAGAAGUUACAUAUUUGGGGUCUCGUCAACUCUGAAUUAAUGGUUCACUACCACUUGGAAAAUUGGUGCAUUACUUCUAUAAAUGCACUUUAUUACAUGAAUAAUUCUAUUUUUAAUAGUAUAAAUAUAGAUGGACCAGUGGAUGUUGAUCACCCCAAUGUGAACCAGGUUAGAUUCCGUAGGCAAGGAACCAACCCUGCCAUUGGGCCAUUGCCCAAGCCAGUUUACUCUCAGAAGCCAAUCCCACACCCAGUUAAAAUGGGAGGUUUGUGUCCUCAAAGGCAUCCGGCGUACAACCUGUGCCGAAUUAAAUCCGCGAUCCGAAGAUCUGCUGUGUAGAAACUUCUGACGGAAGCAGCCGUAGGAAAACACCAUUAGAUUUUGUUCCAAAUGAAUUCAACCACGAUUCACAUUAGGUUUUUUUUUUGUUUGUUUUGGGUUUUUUUUUUCGAUUUCAUUUGGUUUUAAUUUGCCUUUGAAUUGAAUGUAAACUAAUUUUUUACAACUAUUUUCAAUCGAAUAAACAGCAAUUUUCGAUA